CCUUGAAGGGGGCCGCUCCUCUGACGUCACCACGUUUCCACUGACGCCGCUGGACUUCGGACGCUCUGUGCUGCACCAGCGGGGAAGUUAGCAAACCAGCGACAGAAACACUUUUACCCGCAAACUACAGCUAUUCAGAAAGAUCAGACAUGGCCCUCACUCAAGUGUCCUCCAACAAAUGUGCCGGUGGCUUCCAGAAGGUUUUCGAACAUGAAAGCACCGAGCUGAAGUGUAAGAUGAAGUUUGCCGUUUUUCUGCCUCCCAAAGCUGAGACCGACAAAUGCCCCGUCAUGUACUGGCUGUCUGGCCUGACGUGCACGGAGCAGAACUUCAUCACCAAAGCCGGCAGUCAGCUCGCCGCUGCAGAACACGGCAUCAUCAUCGUAGCUCCAGACACCAGCCCACGCGGCUGUAACAUUGAAGGUGAAGAUGAAAACUGGGAUUUUGGCACCGGAGCCGGUUUCUACGUCAACGCCACCCAGGACCCCUGGAAGACCAACUACCGCAUGUACGCCUACGUCACUGAGGAGCUCCCUAAACUGAUCAACGCUAACUUCCCCACCGACCCAGACAGGAUGUCGGUCUCCGGUCACUCCAUGGGCGGCCACGGGGCGCUUAUCUGUGCCCUGAAGAACCCUGGGAAAUACAAGGCUGUUUCUGCAUUCGCCCCCAUCUGUAACCCGAUGCAGUGCCCCUGGGGACAGAAAGCCUUCGCCGGAUACCUGGGAUCUGACCGGUCCACGUGGGAGGCGUAUGACGCCACCGUGCUGGCGGCUUCCUACUCCGGUCCUCAGCUCAACAUCCUCAUCGAUCAGGGCCAGGAUGACCAGUUCCUGUCAGCCAGUCAGCUGCUGCCCGACAACCUGAUCGCUGUCUGCUCCGAGAAGAAGAUCCCCGUCGUCUUCAGGCUGCAGCCGGGCUACGACCACAGCUACUUCUUCAUGUACUCCUUCAUGAACGACCACAUCAAGCAUCACGCCAAGUACCUGAACGCCUGAAGCAGCAGCACAGCUUCACUUCCACUCGCUGCCUUCAGUCUCAGAUGGAAAGUUUUGUAAUGUUUCUGGGUUACAGAGAUCAUGUGGAGUUUCCUCAGAAUAAAUAAAAUCAAAUCUUUGGUUAUUCA